AAACGAGUAUUAGGAUGCUUAUCUGUCUCUGCCUCACAAAGAGGAUAUACCUCUCUUUCGUCUUCUUCAGAUUCUCUCUGACGGUUGUUAAAAAUCCGAUUAUAACGACGACGACACCCAAAUCCUCACAAAUAUAUAAUUAUUAAUUUAAGCUUCUCUGUCAAAAUAAAAAGGAGUCAUGACGACUCUUUCUUCUAUAAAUCUCUCUAUACCUCCUCAUUUGCUUCCUAGCACGACUAACACUUGUUCUUCUUCCUCUGCAACCUCUUGUUCUCCUCCCAGGUCUUCUUCUUUUGUUCUUCAUUCCCCUCUUUCGUUUGGUCACCGGAGAUUACCCAUUAGCAAGAAAAGCAAGCUCCGCUUCUGUGGAGUGAUUACAAAGGAAGCUGUUUCUGGGUCCAACGAUAUGACUAUUACUCAAGUCAGAGAAGAUGACGAAUCGGAGAUUGAUGCGCCGCUUCUCGAUCCUGAGUCGCUCUCUAAGCCUAGGAGAAUUGCUCUCUUUGUUGAGCCUUCUCCCUUUGCCUAUGUAUCCGGCUACAAAAACAGAUUCCAGAAUUUCAUUAGAUACCUCCGUGAAAUGGGAGACGAGGUUAUAGUCGUGACGACACAUGAAGGUGUUCCUGAAGAGUUUUAUGGAGCCAGAGUCAUUGGAUCAAGAAGCUUCCCUUGUCCUUAUUACCAAAAGGUUCCACUCUCGCUUGCGCUUAGUCCAAGAAUCAUCUCUGAAAUUGCACGGUUUAAGCCUGACAUUAUACACGCUUCAUCUCCCGGAGUUAUGGUCUUUGGUGCUCUGGCAAUAGCAAAAAUGCUAUCUGUACCAAUAGUAAUGUCUUACCACACACACGUCCCUGUAUACAUCCCAAGAUACACUUUUAGUUGGUUGGUAAAACCAAUGUGGUCUAUAAUAAGGUUCCUUCACAGAGCGGCUGAUCUUACAUUAGUUCCUUCUGCUGCCAUUGGAAAAGAUCUUAUAGCAGCUGGUGCAACUGCAGCUAAUCAACUUCGACUUUGGAAUAAGGGUGUCGAUUCAGAAAGCUUCAAUCCCCGUUUCCGUUCUCAAGAAAUGCGUAUAAGACUGAGUAAUGGCGAACCAGAAAAGCCACUAGUGAUUCAUGUAGGUCGCAUUGGCGUAGAAAAGAGUUUGGAGCUUUUAAAGAGUGUAAUGGACAAAUUACCUGAAGCUCGGAUUGCUUUCAUUGGAGAUGGACCAUACAAAGAGGAUCUUGAGAAGUUGUUUACCGGAAUGCCAGCGGUUUUCACUGGAACGUUACAAGGCGAUGAACUCUCACAAGCUUACGCAAGUGGAGAUGUGUUUGUGAUGCCAUCAGAGUCGGAGACACUUGGCCUUGUGGUUCUUGAAGCAAUGUCUUCAGGACUUCCUGUCGUCGCGGCCCGUGCCGGUGGAAUCCCUGAUAUAAUCCCUGAAGAUCAGGUCAGUGAAUUAUCUGAAUUACAAUUAACUGCCAAACCAUAUUGAUGAGCAUAUCAACCGAACCGAAAUGGUUGAAAAAACAAUUUCUGCCAAUUUUCUUAUAAGCGAGCUGUAACCGAACUGAAACUUUAUUCAAUCAUAGACUGGAGGGAAAAACCGGAUUUUUGUUCAACCCUGGAGAUGUUGAAGAUUGCGUGACAAAACUGAGAACUUUACUGCACGACCGUGAAACAAGAGAGAUCAUUGGAAAAGCGGCAAGAGAAGAGACCGAGAAAUAUGAUUGGAGAGCAGCAACGACAAAGAUACGCAAUGAACAGUACAGUGCAGCGAUUUGGUUCUGGAGGAAAAAGAAAGUUCAUGUUUUGGGACCAAUCAAUUGGUUGAUUAAACGACUGUUUCCAGUACCGGAAGGUAACGUGUAGAAAAAGCAGUGGACGAGGAUUUGGUAUGGAAUGUGAAGAUUUGAUAGUCUAUGGUUUCAUUUACUGAAAAUCCUCUGUUUGAUUAAUGGUGUUUAUCUUAUACUUGGAUUGCUUAUAUAUGUUCAUGGAAAGGUUGAUGUUGUAAAUUGUAAGAUAUGUGUGUCUAUGUCUAAUAGGAGGUUUAAAACCUGGUUUGAACUUUGGCCUUUAGGGUUUUAGUUUUUUUUUAGAUAUAUACUUUGUGUUUUUAUUCUAUUGUUUUUUUCUUUUCUUUUUAUUCUGUAAAAAAACGAUUAGCAGAUUAGUUUAUGUUUCUCUUGCUAUUUUUGUGACUAUUAAGGCUCGGACAAAGAAAUUAAAUGCA